CUUUCCCAAGCUGCAGUCUACACCGAAUUCAGAGGAAACGAAACUGAAAGUAAAGAGUGGUUUCAGAGGUUCCUAAAGUGUUUGUCGUGAUCAGGAAGAAUGGCAGAGGCGAUUUCAAUUAACCAGGACCUUUUUAUCUGUCCGAUUUGUUUGGAUCUAUUAAAGGAUCCAGUGACUAUUCUCUGUGGGCACAAUUACUGCACGGGCUGCAUCAAGGGCUGCUGGGAUCAGGAAGAUCAGAAGGGAAUUUACAGCUGCCCACAAUGCAGACAGACGUUUACUCCGAGACCCGUUUUAAACAAAAAUAACGUUUUCGCUGAGCUUGUGGAACAACUAAGGAGGACCAGAAUUCAAGAUACUGCUUCCUCUCAGUGUUUUGCUGGACCUGGAGAUGUGGAGUGUGACAGCUGCACCGGGAGAAAAUUAAAAGCUGUCAAGUCCUGCCUGGCGUGUUUGUUGUCGUACUGUGAGACUCAUCUCCAGCGCCAUGAUGAACUCUUCUCAGGGAAAAGACACAACGUGGUUGAGGUCACAGGUCAGCUACAAGACAAGAUCUGCACUCAACACCAGAGGCUUCUGGAGGUAUUUUGUCGCACAGAUCAGAGGUGUGUCUGUUUGCUAUGUCUGGUAGAUGAACACAAAGGCCAUGACACUGUCUCAGCUGCAGCUGAGAGAACGGAGAAACAGAAGGAGAUGGAGGAAACCAAGAGGAAACUCCAGCAGAGACUCCAGGAGAGAGAGAAGGAGCUGCUGGAGCUGAGGAAGGCUGUGGAUACUCUCAAGAGCUCUACAAAGACAGCAGUGGAGGACAGUGAGAGAAUCUUCACUGAGAUGAUCCGCUCCAUUGAGAGAAGGCGCUCUGCAGUGACACAGCUGAUCAGAGCUCAGGAGAAGGCUGAGGUGAGUCGGGCUGAAGGACUCCUGAAGCAACUGGAGCAGGAGAUUGCUGAGCUGAAGAGGAGAGAUGCUGAGCUGGAGCAGCUUUCACACACAGAGGAUCACAUCCAUUUCCUCAAGAAUGUUGUGUCAGUCACUGGUCCUUGCAGAACAGUUUCAACCAGUAUGACAUUCAGCGAAAGUUUCUCUUUUGAAGCUGUGAAGAAAUCUGUUUCCGCAGUGAAGGUGCAGCUCGAUGGCAUCUUCAAGCAGGGAGCAGCCAAGAUAUCUGCAGCAGUGACACAUAUCCAGAUCAUCCAGUCUUUACAAUAUACUGAUCUUGAACUCCCAGUCAGAAGAACAGACAGUAAGGAGAAUAUGCCACCAUCCAUGUCUGAUGUCCAGGCUGUUUUUACUGAGCCAGUAACCAGAGAGGAGUUCUUAAAGUACUCCUGUCACUUCACACUGGAUCCCAACACAGCACACAGACUCCUCCAUCUGUCUGAGGGGAACAGGAGGGUGGAGUGGAGAGAUGGGCUCCAGUCAUAUCCUGAUCAUCCAGAGAGAUUUGAUGGGAGGUAUCAGGUGCUGUGUAGAGAGGGUGUGUCUGGACGCUGCUACUGGGAGGUGGAGUGGAGAGGGCAGCGGGGUUAUAUAGCAGUCUCAUAUAAAAGCAUCAGCAGGAAAGGACAGGGUGCUGAGUGUGGGUUUGGAGGUAAUGAUCAGUCCUGGAGUCUGGAACUCUACAGCUCCAGCUCCUCUUUCUGCCACAAUAAUAAACAGACUGAACUCCCUCUAGUGGCCAGAUCCAGAAUAGGAGUGUAUGUGGAUCACAGGGCAGGAACUCUGGCCUUCUACAGCAUCUCUGACACAAUGACCCUCCUGCACAGAGUCCAGACCACAUUCACUCACACACUCUACCCUGGGUUUAGAUGUUAUUGUACUGGAUCAUCAGUGAAGCUGUUGUGAUCCCACACCAUAGGCCCAAUCCCCCACACUCUACCCUGGGUUUUAUAUAGUAUGUACUAGAUCAUCAGUGAAGCUGUUGUGACUCACACCAUAUACAGCAGGACAGAAAUGUAAAGAUCCCAGACACAUAUAGAUAGAUGCUGUUAUCACAUCCACACAAACACACAUAAACACAUUACAUUUCAUCAGCACACAUAUAAGCCACCACUGACAUGUAAGGAUCUGGCAGCUGCCUCUCAGCUACCUGAGGUUCUCUUUUUAUGGGGAAAACAAAAGAUCGAAACCACUCACUCAUCUCUGGACCCCAGCAGAUAUUACAGCGUCUGCACCUCUGGACCUCUGCUGGAACACACGUCACCACACCACAUAUAAACUACUGGGUGGGAAAGGUGUUGAUGAGCCCAGUGUUUCACCCCCUCUGAUCCUCUCCCACAAUCCAUCUCCUCUCCCUCCUGCUCCCCCUAACCCUCCUUCCCCUCCUCCUCCCCCAGGUUUUCAGGCCUUUAGUCCCUCUGUGAUCGGACACGUGUCUGAUGGAAAAAAAAAAAUUAACAAUUGCCUUGUGAUAUGUAUUGGGUUUGGGAUGGGGUGUUUUUUUUUUUGUUGAUAAAUUCACAUGUUAAAUAACUAAAUUAAUAAUUGAAAAAAAAAAAAAAAAAACACAUGAUCACUUUCUUACAAGUUGUUGAAUUUACUGAAUUAGCUUAUCAUAGGACAUGUGGGAAUCACAACAAGAAAGAUCAUAUGAUGAGAAACAAUAAAACCCUCUUGAAAACAAUAAAUUUUGCAUGCAAGUCUAUGAGAAAGAAAACAGAGAAUAUAGCCUUGGUAAUGUACAAGUGUAUAUUUUAUACAGUCUAUGGUAAUGUACCCUACCGUCUCUAUAGAAUGUUGUUAAACAGAACACUCUAGAACAAUCUGGUUCUGAACAGAAAAUGUAAAUUAUCUGUGUUCUGUGGGAUAGCAAAGACUCACCCUGAGUGCUGCAUGUGUGCAGUGAAGCUGAUGUGUGUAUCUAAACUUUUGUGAUGAUGGUGGUAGACGUGUAGGUGAUAAUAUGAAAAUAAAUGAUAUAUCCCCCACAUACAUCA